GAGCAGCUAUGGCAUGUUCGAGUGUUAGCGUUGUAUGCUCAAGUUUAUUGCUGAAAUGGUGGAAUAAACCCGUAUGGGUGGAAAAUAGUGGUGGUAAGGUGGUGAGGCUGAAGAAUAAUGGUGGAUUCUUUAGUUCAAUGUGGGCAGCAGUGAAGCAAGGUCCAGAAAUAUCGCGUGGCACUGGAGGCUAUAGGCGACUGGCAGCUGAUGACGACAUGAACAGUUAG